AUGGCGGCAGCAUCAUCCAAAGAAAGGGAGCUACAGCUGUUAGACAGUGUGGAGCUUAAGAUACUGAACGUUGCCAACAAAGAGAAGAAGUUACACGAGCUUCUGCAGCGAUAUUUACCGCCUGUUCUUGUCAAGGCGGGCAGUGAGCAUGCCCCAGUUCGAGCCAAGGUGGUACAAAUCUUUUCCAGGCUAAAGACAUUCAUCCAGCCUCCUGAGAUCAUUCUUCCAGUGGGCGCGCUUCUUGAACAGUACAAGACCAGCGACUCCCCACUAGUCAAGCAACUUGACAUCUCAGGCAUUCAGCAUAGUAUAGAACGUCUUGACGACUAUGAGCGAAAGGAGCUUAUUCCUAAGGCUUUAUCAGGCUUCUCCAAAGAUGAAGGGUUUGCACGAGCUGGACCAUUCUUCAACAUUAUCCUCCGUCUUCUGCUAGAUGCCCGGAUACCCCCAAGAGGCAGCAAAGAAGACACUGAAUAUCGAGAAGUAAUCGGACUAUCAGAUGAGGCUGAUGCGAAGUUCCUUGCCAAGCAUAUUAGUAUCUUCUUACGACUACGAAACCCUACUCAAAACCUGACCUGGACAACCGCAAACCCGACUCUGACCAAGUCUGAGCUCGAGUCACUUGCCGUGGAGAGCCCUGAGUCACAGAAGGUCUUUGAGAGACUCGCAGAACUAAAACUCAAGCUUGUUGCAUUGCUUGCGAGCGGUGCUUUUACGGAUGAGGAAAAGUUCCUGCCUGCGCUCUAUGCUGCGUCAAGUUUCGAUAACAGAUUGGUGUCCGCGGCUGAGGAGGUACUAAAGCGAAGCUCCGUUUCCAUGGAAGAUGAGAGCCUAGUCAAACGUCUAUUCCACGCUCACUCGAUACUACCGCCCACAUACCGAACUCGUAUUCUAAACAUGCUUUCCAAAUCUACCAUCUCAGCAACAAUGUCUGAGGACAUCAUGGCUGUAGUCAAGCUCAACUUUUCAACGCAGGAUCAGACUUCGGAUUCCCUAACCCAGAGUUUGCUACCGAAGAGCGCGCUUGAGCAGACGAAACUUCACACUGCCACGUUUCAGUUUCUUGCCUGGGUCGCUCGCGUUGGACCGUCACAGAAAGGAUUCGACAUAGCCGUUCCCCUUAUUGACACUAUGAGCGGUUUCAUUGAGGGUAGUGGCUGGCCUGCUCCGGAACGGACAUCACACGACGACAUUGCACUGAGAUCCAAAGCAUACGAGACGAUAGGCGUACUCGCGAGAAGCGCGGAAAUGCCCAUCGAGAGGCGCCUGCAACUUGCCGGCUGGCUAUUCAAGUCCUUGUCUGAAGAUCCUACCGCAGAUGCUAUUGUCAACAUUGACGGCGCUCUUUCUAGCUUGACAACCAAUAUUCCUGCCACUGCAGGCAGCAAAUCUAACGAGCUAAAGAAAAUGCUGUUGACAUACAUGUCUCUUCCAGAUGAACCUCCUGCUGUCCGGAGUACUCGCCAUGCUGUGGUCAAGUGGGCCAACCAGUGCCUCUCGUUCUCUGAUAUUCUAGGCCGCUGGAUUGAUAUCCUGGCGAUUGGGGCCCAUCAAGACGAGAGGAGUGAUGUUGUUGAGCAGGGACAUAAAGGUCUUGACCCCUGGACCUACCACGCACACGCCGAGGCCAGUCCCGCCUUGCCGGAUUGGAAGGAAAUGACGGCUACUUUCUUUGGUUCUCCAAUUAGUCCGGACACAUACACAGAGACUGCAGCCCUUCCUGAUUUGAUUGAGAAGUCGCAUUCUGUGUUCGAGAAUUUCCAAGGACCAAAAAUGGCUGCGUUCCCUGUUUCUCUCCGGUAUUGUAAGCACAUCAUGUUCCUGACAGCCCUCGAAGACUUCGAAGUCGAACCAUCCUGGAUGCAGACUCUCGAUGCACGAGUGAAAACAGACAUAAAGACGCGUGAGAAGAUUCUUGAGUAUCUACACACAGUCGACAGCGGUUUUAUAGUCUUCUACUUGAAGACAUGCCUCGAAGGUGCCUAUGUCAGAGACUCACCUAUUACAGAGGAAUGUCUUCGAUGCUUCGUGGAGGUGGCAUCACUCAGCCCCGGUGGCGCACUUGGAUACUUGACUGAGUUUAGUGAUGGCCUGUUAAACUUGGUCAAGUCUAACAACAAGGAAAUCCGAUCACUCACUGCUAGAGCCCUAGGCAUUCUCGUAUCGCACCUUGCAAACAACCCUGCCAUGAUCGAGAACUGUCGUAAGACUUUGGCUAUAUUGUUCGAGAACGCUGAAAAGCUAGUCGGGCCCGAACUUAAUGCUGCUGAGGGAGGACUGUUGGCGUACAGUUAUGUCUGCUCGCGCAGUGUUUAUUACGGACAGACUGUGCCUGAAGAUAUUGAAUACCCUAUGCAUUUUCUCACAGGUGAGAACGUUGCCUCAUCCCUUUACGAUACUGCACUGGAGGCCUUCGCUCAAUUGUGGACUGCUGGUCUCGCUAUCCCCAAGCGUGAUGGUGAUCACCCCCUCGAGACAGUUAUCAACAAACUUAUCACUCCGGCAAAGAAAGGAAAUGAGAAGGCAAUUCUGGCCCUUGGAAGACUGGCUGCAGGGCUCAGUGAAAGCGAAGAAGCUGCGAAUGAAAAUGACGAUGGCUGGUCACACGGCACUAUCGGCAAUAUCCUCAAGGAACUCUUCACCCUACACGAAAUCAAACAAGUCGAGAUUCAAUUUACCGUGGGAGACGCAAUCACUGCAACUGUAGCGCGGUGGGAAUCCGACUAUGUCAAACUGACACUUGAUGUCGAGUCUCGAGUCAGCCUCCAGAAGCGUAAUGGAUCUCGCGGCCCACUUCUCACAGCUGUCCUCAACAAGAUCUUCGCAGACUGCAAAGCUACCAAGCCAUCGUUGCUCAAGGCGUCUGGAAUCUGGCUUUUCUGCAUCGUGCAGUACUGCUCGCACUUAGAUGAGGUGCAGUCACGGCUGCGAGAAACUCAAGCUUCAUUUAUGAGACUUCUUAGUGCACGCGAUGAACUUGUACAAGAGACCGCCUCACGUGGUUUAUCUUUGGUCUACGAGCGUGGUGAUGCGGAUCUGAAGAGUGCCCUUGUCAAGGAUCUAGUAUCUGCCUUCACCGGAACUAGUACACAGCUCAAAGUUGAUCAAGAAACGGAGUUGUUCGAGCCAGGAGCCUUGCCAACUGGAGAGGGCAGCUCCAUCACUUCUUACAAGGACAUCGUCAACCUUGCCAACGAAGUUGGUGAUCAGAGGCUUGUGUACAAGUUUAUGUCUCUUGCUGCAAAUGCUGCAACUUGGUCAACACGAUCUGCUUUUGGUCGCUUUGGACUGAGCAACAUUCUCUCGGAGUCGGAGGUCGACCCUAAGCUAUACCCUAAGCUCUACCGUUACCGAUUCGACCCUAAUCACAAUGUCCAAAAGUCUAUGGACGAUAUUUGGAGGGCACUUGUCAAAGACUCGGGUGCGGUUCUCAGUACACACUUUGAUGCGAUUUUGGAUGAUUUGUUGAAGAGUAUCCUGGGACGCGAGUGGCGCAUGCGAGAAGCAAGCUGCGCUGCCGUCUCUGAACUGAUCCAAGGCCAGCCAUUCAACAAAUAUGAGAAUCGUUACCGUGAUAUCUGGACAUCGGCAUUGAAGGUACUUGACGACGUCAAGGGCUCUGUGCGAGAAGCUGCCUUCAAGCUGUGCAGAACUCUAUCUAAUACCCUUGUCCGACAACUCGAGGAGGGCACUAACGGAUCAUCUGUCCAAUCUAUGAUGAAAGAGGCCCUGCCUUUUCUUCUUUCCGACAAAGGCAUCGAAAGCUCCGUCAAGGAAGUACAAGCUUUUGCUGCCAUCACCGUUAUCGAGCUCACCAAGAAAGGCGGCAAGGCUCUCCGACCCUUCGUUCCAGAAAUGGUCCCUCAGCUCCUCGGCCUGUUGAGCUCUAUUGAACCUGAACAAAUUAACUGGCACUACCAGAGAGCUGGUGAGGAUAGCCGAGAUCAGAUUGAUAAGAUCCGGUCGCAAAUGGUGAACCGAUCCCCCAUUUCCGAGGCCAUCGAAAAUUCCCUUCGAUUUAUUGAUGCUGAUGUCAUGGCCGAGCUUGCACCUCGACUGGAGGCCACUAUCAAGACGGCAAUUGGUAUGCCUACGAAGAUUGGAUGCAGCCGAGUGCUGACAACGUUGUUUACACGCCAUACAAACGACGUUAAAGCCUUCGGUAACAGGUUCUUGCAAGUUAUGGAGAAGCAAACAAUGGACAAGAAUGACGAGGUCAGCCAGGCGUAUGCUCGUGCUACCGCAUACAUGCUGAGGGCCGCGUCAGACUCAGCCAAGACUCGGUUUUGCAAGAAGUUCAUUGAUAUGUACUUUGAAGCAGAAGAAGAGUCACGUCGUCAAAAGACUGCAGAUGUGAUUGUGGCGCUCGCUAAGGUCUCGCCCGACCACUUCACUGCUCUCGAGACGAAGCUGCUUCCUUUUUCGUACCUGGGUUCUCAUGAUACGGAUGAGUACACCAGAAAGGUGUUCAAGGAGGUCUGGGAUCAACAUGCUGGAAGCGGUCGCACUGUUGUUCGAUACGUCCCCGAGAUUGUAACUCUCGUGGAGAGUUGCUUGGACACAGCGCAAUGGGCGCUUCGACACGGCGGAGCUUUCACUGCUGCAGCCAUGGUGUCUGAUGUUGCAAGUGCAAGCGACGCCAGCGGUCAAAUCAGUGAUGCAAACCUGGCCAAGAUUUGGCCUGUAUUCGAGAAAACAUUGGCCUUGAAGACGUUUGACGGCAAAGAGAAACUUCUCGAGGCUUACCCUCAAUUUGUCGAGAAAGGACGAAAUCUUUGGAUGUCUGACUCCAAGAUUGCUGCACAAAUGAAGAAGAUCGCUCUUCGAGAGGCAAAGCGUAACAACGACGAGUAUCGUGUCCAUGCAUUCCGUUGUCUCUGGAAAUUUGCAAAGGCCAGGGAUGAUCUCGACCUACUCGAUGAGAUCGCGGAAAUCGUUACGCCUUACCUCGAGGAGUUGAGGGGCGAGGAUGAAAAUGAGGACAAGAUGGAUAUUGACACCAAGGACGGUUCCAAGGAGCAACUCACAGAGAAAACGGCAACAAACGGCUUCGAGGCAGUUGCUCGUGGGUACAACCGCAACACCAUCAAACAGGACUCUCUCCCAAUCCUGACCAAGAUUCUCAACAUCCUAAAGCCCUUCCUAUCAAGCCCAAACUUCGUUCUGAUCAAGCGUCAAGUAUGGUACGAAUGCGUACGCGAUCUCAUGGACGAUGCCAAGUCUUCGUCUUCAGCGCCCAACGACGAGGGUGCUGUGGCUCUGACAUAUCUGAUGAGCCUAGAUAUCGACCUGGUUGACACUGGUACUGAGGCGCAGAGGAUCAUGCGAGCAAAGGCUGUGGGUGCAGUUUUGAAAGCCAAGGGCAGGGGUGUAUUUGGCCAGGGAGGUCCUGACGGUGCUCAGUUGAAGACGAUGGUUAGCAAAGCUUUGGAAGCUGAGAGGUCUUUGGACGUGCAGAGGGUGCUAAGAGAUAUUCUUGUUGAGAUGGAAUGA